UCAGGUUCAGGAAACGGUCAAAACUCACCAUUUUCUAAAAACUGAGUGACGUCAUAAUUGCUAUAGACAAAAACUAGUCUUUCGAAUCACAUUGUUCAGUGAAAUCCCUGCUAAACUGCAAGUGAAACAAUAAUGAAUGAGUUAAUUCUAAAAAGAUGAAAAAAUGUGUUUCUAUUCGUAAAUUAUACAAAGGGUAAAAAUACUGCGGUUUAGGAUGGAAGGAUUAACUAUAACACCGGUAUCUAAAAGCUCCCAACUAGAAAACUGGAGCUUACAAUGGCGCUCCAACAACGAUUCUCUAGCUUCAGGCUCCACGAUUAAUGGAACGGCCUCAGCGUCAGCUUUAAACAAGAUCAUUUUAAAAAUGGAGGAAGCUAGGAGAGGUACUAACCGCUCUCAAAGUAGCAGCUAUUCUGCUCCUGAAUCACUUUGUAGCAGCAGCACAAAGGACUGCUCUGUAGUAAGCAGCUCAAUGCCAAACAAAUCUUUGAGCAGCAGCAAGCAGCCACUAACUUCUUCAAAACAGCUGUUUGCGAGAUUUCAUUUAAAUCGUAAUGGAAACCUUCCAGUAAUAGUCACUGGAGGCGCUAGUUCAGAUGAAAAUGGCGGGAAAAGUUGUCAGAUUAACGAAAAUCCUUCUUUUUAUUCAAAUGGAAUUAGGAAAACCAAUAUCAGUAACUUAUCAAUCAAAUCUAAAAUGUCAAAAAACAGCAAUGGAAUUUUUCCACGCAGAGCUUCCUGUGAGAGUGUUGAUAAGGGCAAUAAAGAGAAAGAUGAAACAGAAAAUAACUCCAGUAAAACCGGUUUUAAAGAGACUCUGGAAAACAGAUUGAAUGUUAAAUUUCUUUCAGCUGAAAAUUUGUCAAGCUCUUCAAAAAUAGAACAGAACAAUCGAGUAGAUUUAGACGAACUUCAAAGGAACGGAGAAAAUUCAUCAUUAAACCUUCGAACUUCAGACAUCCCUCGAGUCGAGGUUUUUCAAAGAAAUGAUCAGAUUAAAGAAUACCCUGCAGGAACAAG